GACAUUGACGGCGAAGGCAGAAGACGAACGAAAAAAUUACCUUUAUAAAUACUCCCUUUUGUCACUCUCUCUCCAACAAUGUCUCGAGAAGCACCUACUGAGAAGCAUUAUGUCCACCGUCGAGCUGGCCAUGUCAUGAUUAGCUAUGAUAAACGCCUCUUUGUGUGGGGAGGAUAUAUGGAACUUGCCCACACACAUCCAUACACACUUACGACUCAUAGUAAAUGUAUGUACCAUAGUGCCAUUGAUGUAUGGAUAUACGAACCCCUCCUUGAUGUGUGGAAACGAAAACUAAGCCGAGGUGAUAUUCCCCAGCAGCUCUCAGGGUCCUGCGCAGCGGUUCACAACGAUCAUAUGUAUCUCUUCGGAGGUACCGGGUGUUGGACAAAUAACGAAAAUGAUGAAGUAGAAAACAGCUGUAACAAUUUAUGGAGACUACACUUACCAACACUUACCUGGGAGAUGCUACACCCAGAGGGGACAUCACCCUAUUCAUGUGAUAAAGCUGCCUGUUGGGUAUACAAAAACAGGUUCUAUGUCUUUGGGGGUUUUGGCCCACCGAGGGAGUUUGAGGUGAUGCCGAAAAUCAAAGUACAGUUCGUGCGGGACAACAUAUUUCACAGGGGUUGGAUAGAUCAGUUGGUUUAUUAUGAUAUAGACACAAAUCAAUGGGUUUGGCCUGACACCACAGGGCCUAAACCCACGCCAAGAGCAGCACACUCCGCAGACGUAACAGGAGAUAAAGUUUACAUAUUCGGAGGCCGUUAUAGGGAAGUUAGGAUGAACGACCUGCAUUGCUUGGACCUUCUCACCAAUGCGUGGAGUGGAAACUUAACAAAUGAGGAAGAUGCGAAUGUACCUGAGGGACGAUCCUGGCACACAUUCAACUUCAUAUCUGGAAAUAAAGCAAUCAUGUACGGAGGCUUCAACACAACCCAGCAGGUUUUAAAUGACUGCUGGAUGAUGAAGGUGGGAAGGGACUUGCUAGGUUUCACAGAUACUGAGUGGAUCGAAGUACCCCUAGCUUAUGACCAUGGUGAGCCUAGAUGUUGGCAUGCUACUGCAGUCAUACCAGAUGGGGAGGUGUACAUUCAUUCUGGACUUACACAGCCCUUCUACAUCACCAUGGCUUUGCUCAUUGAUCAUGCUGAAGAAAUGGUUGUACUGAGGUUCAGUCCCCCAAGUCUACAGAGAUUAACAAUAGAAGCUGUAUGUGGAUUAGACUUGCAACUACGUUCCCAUUGGUGCCAGCUUCCACAGACUCUGCAGCAUAUCCUUAAAACCCGAACUUGUCCUGAUCGGAUAUUGUAGCAUUUUAUUUAUAACAUAAUUUUGGAAUCUACUUUGCAGCAUAAUGAUCUUGCCUUAAAAGUAGUCAUUUUCUUAAAAUCACAUUCAGUCACAAGCCUUUGGUGUUUGUGUGUUUGUGUGUGUGUAUAAGAAUUUUUGACCCCCAUUCUAUUAUUAUUAUUAUUAUUUACCUUUUUGGAUGUUAGAGAAUUCAAGUUACAUAUUUUUGGAUGUUAGGGAAUUGAAGUUACCUAUUUGAUAUUACUAUAUUUAUCACUUUGGGAGAAGUAUCACACUGCCUCUGUUAAAUUACGUCUAUUAUGUGUGCUGCUUAAAUUAUUGUACGAUACCCACCAUGUUCACCAAAAAUGAAAUAAAGCUUGGAGAGAGACACGGAAACAUGUUUAAAAGAAAAGUCUUUUGAUUC